AUGGCAGGCUACGGCAGCACUGCCGCCUCGCGGCCCGCUCACGGCUCCGAUCCCGAAGCGCAGCCGCUGCUGGGCAAACUACCGUCGUCGCCGGGCGCCGCCGGCGCCGCCGGCAUCACCAAGAUCCGAAAGACGCUCCACGACGACGUCUCGCUGUCCUGGUCCGACGUCAUGCUGCUCUUUUGCUACGUCGUCACCGGCCUGCUCGACAGCGCCUCGACCCAAGUCUGGGGCGCCUUUGUCUCGAUGCAAACCGGAAACACCGUCUUUGUCGCCCUCGGCAUCGCCUCCCUCUUCUACCCGCCCGUGAGCCCACGCCUGUACCGCUCCGGCAUCUCCCUGCUCGCCUUUUGCGUCGGCUCCUUCCUCUUUGCGCGCUUCCACCGGCUCGUCUCGCCGACGCGCCGCUGGGUGCUCUGCGCCUCGUUUGCCGCGCAGGCGCUGCUCACCGCCGCCGCCGCGCUCGUCGUCUCGCACACGCCGCCGCCCGCCGGCGACGACGCCGUCGACUGGACCGUCCUGCUGCCGCUCGCCCUCAUCGCCUUCCAGAGCUGCGGCCAGGCCGUCGCCAGCCGCGCCCUCCGCCACAACGCCCUCACCAGCGUCGUCCUCACCAGCAUCUACUGCGACCUCUUCUCCGACCAGCACCUCUUCCGCCUAGACAACGUCGACCGCAACCGCAGGGCCGCCGCCCCGCUGCUGCUGCUGCUCGGCGCCGUCGUCGGCGGCAUCUUUGCCCACUCGCCCGUCGGCAUCCAGGGCGCCCUCUGGACUGCUGCGGCUUUGAAGCUCGUCAUGGUCGUCAUUUGGUUCUUCUGGCCUGAGGAGCCGACAGAAGAUGACGACUAA